AUGAAUAAGGCCUCUUGUAGUGAAUCAAAAAAUAACGAUGGAUUCGAGGAAGAUGACAUAUUCGAGGAUUCUUCGCUUUUGGCCAACUUUGAUAAUUCUUUCAAACAAACAUCCAAAAUCUCUGAGAGUAAUAUAAAUGAGUCUAGUAAUGUUUUAAAUGUCAGUGCACUAUGCUGUGAUGAGGAGAUAAGUGGAUAUGACAAACUCACUGGUAAAACUUGGAUUUACCCCACAAACUACCCUGUUCGAGACUAUCAAUUUAAUAUUAUUAAAGCGGCUUUACUUAAAAACACUUUGGUUAGUUUACCCACUGGAUUGGGUAAGACUUUUAUAGCAGCAGUAAUAAUGUACAACUUUUACCGCUGGUAUCCUCUAGGAAAAAUUGUUUUCACUGCACCAACCAGGCCCUUGGUGGCUCAACAGAUAGAAGCAUGUUACAAUAUUAUUGCCAUACCUCCUAAUGAUACAAUAGAAAUGACAGGACACAUGCAAGUUAAAACAAGGAAAGAUUACUGGCACAGCAAAAGAGUGUUCUUUGCCACUCCACAAGUUAUUUACAAUGACAUGAAGUCAGGUAUAUGCCCUUGCGAUAAGAUUAGGUGUCUGGUCAUUGAUGAAGCUCACAAAGCCCGAGGAAACUAUGCCUACUGCCAGAUUAUAUCCACUUUAGAUGAGAUGGGGCACAAGAUAUACCGAUUAUUGGCAUUAUCGGCUACACCAGGCAGUAAAGUGGAUGAUGUAAUUAAUGUAGUGAAGAACCUUCAUAUAGCCCAUCUAGAACUUCGUACAGAGAACUGUAUAGAUGUGGCUCCAUACAGCCAUGUGCGUAAGAUCAACACUGUUGUAAUAAAACUAUCACAACAAUUAAACAUCCUGAGACAACAGUAUGUGGAGAUUUUAGAUGGAUAUGCCAGAAGAUUGAAGCAACUGAAUAUAUUACCUCAUAACAUUGGGAACCUGUCAAAAGGAAGGAUUGUGAUGCUAUACAAAGAGUUACAAACCAGAGAUCAUGGAGCCAGGCAUCCUCAACAUAAUUAUAUAAUGAAGGAUUUCACACUUUUAAUAGCCUUAUACCACGGCUUGGAGCUUUUAGUUCAACAUGGUUGCAGAGUGUUCCUCAAUUUCUUUGACGAACAUCCUGAAAAGUCCUGGAUACAGACUGAUGACAGACUGACAGCUCUACUGGAAAGGUUACGAGAUGACCUUGGAAUCAAUCCAUUGUCUUUGGAUCGGAGUAUGUUACCUGAUGGCAGUGUGCCUGAGAUACCAACAAAUAUAUGCUUUGGACAUCCAAAGUUUGAUAAGUUGAAAGAGAUUAUGAUGGCUCAUUUUACAAAAGCCGAAAAUAAUAAACAAGAUACUAGAGCUAUAGUGUUCUGCGAAUACCGUGAGAGUGUGAACCUGGUACACUGUCUGUUACUACAGUGCCGGCCUCUCAUCAAGCCACAAAUGUUUGUCGGACAAGGUGCUUCAGGAAAAGAUGGCAAAACGAUGGUUUCUCAAAAACAACAACUCCGAGUGAUGCGCAGUUUCCGUGAGGGCGCGUGCAACACGCUCGUGGCCACGUGCGUCGCGGAGGAGGGACUCGACGUGGGCUCCGUGGACCUUAUACUGUGCUUCGAUAUAUCCACUAAGUCGCCCAUACGACUCGUACAAAGGUGCGGGCGCACUGGGCGAGAACGCGGUGGUCAAGUGUACAUACUAGUCACUGAAGGAAGAGAACAUCAGACAUUAUUGGACUGCAUGCGACAAAGAGAUGGUCUAAACAGACUUAUAUCACAAUCUAAAGAGGUGGAAAACAAUCUAUAUAAGUCAAAUCCACGUAUGAUGCCGCGCGACUUCACUCCGCAAUGUCAAAAAAUGUUCAUCACCGUGGAGAAGAAAACUGACCCUAAGGAGAAGUUUAAAGAGGGAGUCGAAAAGGCUAAAAAGGGCCAAAAGGAUUUACGUAGUAUGCUCUUCGGGCGAGCUUCUGCGAGUAGCACGAGUUCUAUUAACAAGGGAACGGAUAGCAGCGAUUUAAUAACUGAGAAGGAAUUUAAAGAACUGUUUCCCGAAGGAUACAGUGAUACGAAUUUACUACCUACACUUAAGGAGUAUUGGGCAAAAAAUAAAGACUCAUUCAAACAUAUUGAAGAACCAGAGGAAAGUAUGUUAAAAUUAACCAGGUGGUUAGAAUGGCAACGGACUUUACAGAAAACUGUAAAUGUAACACAUUCGAAAGAUUCAGAGAUUCUAUCUGAACUAUUACAGUAUGCUGAUGCUAAAAGAUUUGAAACGCCAGUUUCUACUCAAAAUCCUGGCUUUGCUACUCAAGAAUCACCUACUAAAAUCGUAUUAGCAUCUCAAAAAUUGACUCUCUCAUCUCCAGCAAAAGCGAAACAAAUUAAAAAGACUAAAAAAGCACCUGUUUUUAAAUCACCAGGGAAAAAAGAUGGUGACAUUCGAGCUCUGUUCAGUACAGUGACGAAAUCGACAAAAAACUACACGAAAUUGAUUAAUGAUCUAGGCAUCAGAGAUGACGGUGGGAUUCCCACCCGACUACUUAGUUUACUUGUAGAUUUGAACUUGGAGAAUACUAACUCUGUUAAGAAGUGUUACAUUUGCCAGAAUAUUUGCGAAUGCUCUGCUCUUUUAAAAUUAAGAACCCAAAAGAAAGCUUGCACAAUAUUCUCCUCUCUUCGAGAACUAAGUUUACCAGAUGUAGAUUUAAUUGAUGAUUUUGACUCUGAUACUGUUGUGAAAUGUGCAAAAAAAGAAGAUUCUAAUAUGAACAUAAUUCCUGAUUCACAUCAUAACAACACAGAGGAACAUAUUAGAGCUUUAGAUGUAAGUAAACAAUCAAUAGUAGUCCCAUAUAUGGACACAUCAUUAGAAUGCAAAAGUUCAGAUGAAAUUAAAGAAAGCGUAAUUGACGAAAAACUUAAUUUAAGCAAUCAUUUUGAUCUAGAAUUAGAUUUUCUUGUUACACACGAUUCUAAGUCUGUCAUUGAAGACGAACACAAAAAGCAAAAUGAAUCUGUGAAUUCAGAUCCUUUUGACGUAGGCAACAUUGAAGAUAUAUUUGCUGAUAGCAGUCCCGAAGAAGUUAUAGCAAAAGAAACUGAAUUGAUAGAAGAACCAAAGGAAGCUAAAGAAGUACUCAAUUUCUUCGGUUUAGAUAGCAUUGAAGAUAUAUUUGCUGAUGAUGAAAUUGAUGACCCACUUCCUGAAAUAACCCAAAUGAACACUAAGAACAGUAACACAAAAAAUACGAACACUUUAAUAACACCAGAUAAAGUACCUCCAGUUGAAUAUCCACUGAGUCCAUCAAUUUUAUCCGGUCGUGUAAAAGAAAAACCAAUAUCUCCAAUACUUUGCAGUCAAUCUCGUAAAUUCCAACUGAGUACAAAAAAAGGACAUACUAAUAGUUCAACACCCAUAAACAGUUGUAAAAAGCAAUUAAUCAAAGAGCCAACAAACAAUAAUGUCAUAGAUAAUAAAAAAAUUGAAAGUUUAAUAAAACAUAGCAUAAAUGAUACAAGCAGUAAGAGCAUGUUAACACUCACUCAGCUUGAAGCUAUAAUUAAUAAAACGGAUGACAAUAUAUCUGUAUUAAAAAAAUCUAAUUUGUCCGAUGCAGUGGAAUUCAAAGACGAUAAAAGAAGUACUUCACCUAUUCUUUUAGACGAAUGUGAAAGAAACAGUUCACGAAUUCUUUCUAAUCAAAGCAAACAAAGCUUAUCCCCAAUCCUAUUAACUCAGACGGAAAGAAAGAGGUCGUUACUUAAUAUGAAUAAUUCAGACAAGUUGCCACAAUCGACGUAUCAAAUGAAAAGGCACGAUAGCCUCAUCAUUUUGGACAGUGACAGCGAUUCUGAUACUACACAAGUGUAUGACGCUGUAGAAGAAAUUACGACAAAAUCAACAGAUCAUUUAAUUCACGGGCCUUCGCAGCUGCCUCAAGUAGUUGAUCAUGCUUCAAGUAAAACUUAUAGUCCUAACAAUUGGAAAAGAAAAUUGGAUAUGGAUAAUAGUGACCCGAUAAUAGAAUCACCUCAUUUUAGUAAAAAACAAAAGCUUGGUGAUAAACCAUUAAAUGAACAAGACAAGAGUUCAACCAUAUUGACUUUAAAAAAAAUAAACAAACAUUACAGAAAUGAUAAUACUAUACUCAAUUGUGCUGUAUCCCAAAGUCAAUGUUUGUCACAAAAGGAGAAUAGAAAUCCUCAGCAUUUAGAUAUUGACAGACAAGAAGGUAGUAUUAACAAAUAUAAUUUUAGUAUGUUGCAAAUGUUUAGACGAGACAAUAAACUUGACAAAAAUGAUAUAAGUGCGAUCCUAGAAACUAGUCCAACGAAAUCUAAAACGUCUCAGAAACGCAAGUUUACCUUUGACGACAGUGAAGAUGAGUUUGUAACUGACGAAAAACACACGUAUAGGAGUCCUCAAACUAUGAAAAGUGAUAAACACAGUUCUACUACUAAUCACAAAGUUCGGAAAAAGAUAAAGAAAAACAACUCGUUUUUGGACAUGGAGGCAGUGCUGUCAGAUGACAACGGCGGCAGUGAUGAUGAACUGACAGACGACAGCGUUGGGAGCAUAGUGGACUUUAUAUGCGAUGACAGCGUCAUACCACAGGAGGACAUACAGGCGGUAUACCUGAAGUCGAUUAAGAGUCCAGUGAAGGCAGGUGCUUUUAAAAUACCUGAAUUACCAAAGAAGUAUAACAGAGAAGAAAUAUUGUCACAAAUUGUAGAUGAAGAUGCAUACGAAAUGGAUAGUUUUUGCGUUGAUUCCAAUAUCGGAUUAACACAAGCAAACGAGGAAAUGUCAGAGCUAGAGGUAGCAGAAAUGAUGUUAGAAGAAAAAAGAAAAUCUAAGAAGAAGUUAAGGCGAAUGUGUACGCAAGACGAUAGUCCUGAGGUCAAAGUGAAAAGUAAACCAAAUAGAAGACAGAUACGUAGUGACUCUGAAGAUAGCGAAUGA